UUAUAUUGUUCAGUUGAUAGAAAAUUAUAAUCAAAAUACGUAAGAAGGAAGUUUAUAGGAAGUUAUAUACCUGAAAGUAUAAUAUAUACUAACGAGUUUGACCGAGACGUACAAGAAUUUAACAGAAAUAAUAAACGCUCUCCUAGUCUCUUUUCCGCUUAAUAAAUCUACAUAGAAAUUAUUUUAGAGCAAGUAAAUGUGUUUCUAUGAGUUGUUCCAUAUCAAUCCUGUUUCAAGUUUCGUACCCUAAUAAUACUCGACAACUUUUUGUGAUUACGUUUUCUAUAAAGUUACUGUCACAAAUAAGGAUAUGUCAGUGCGUUGAGGUACGGUGCGGAUGGGAUUGGUCUGUGGGACGGACACGGAGCAGUACGUCUUAGUACGGGAAAAAUUGUGAGAAACGGGGAACAAAAAAAUACUGGACGCGAAUACGGUGAACAAUGUUGUUCAUGCACUUUGUGUACAAUCUGGUUGUAGUUGUCUACCUUUACGCCCAAAACGGACAGCUGGAGGCGGCAGCUGGUAUGCGUAUCACAUACACAGAAACAAUUUCAAAUAUGGUUAACAAAGCCGAAAUAAAUGCAGUGCAGCGCGACUUAAAUGGUAAAAGAUUUGACGAUCUCAGCGGUUCUGGAGACUUGUCUUGGAGACUCUCAGACAUUCAUGUCAAGUACCUGGGAACAAUGACGCCAAGUAUCCGCUUACUAAGUAACGGCCAAAUCAGAUGGACGUGUGAUAUUAGCUCUAUAACGGUGAAAGCAGAUUGGUGGGCAGGGUUGAGAGGUUUUUUCAGCUUUCUCUCGGAAGAUGGUUCUGUUGAAGCAAGGGCGGGACGUACAUCGCUCAGCAUCAUAGUGACUUUAUCGGCAAACUCUGGUCAGCUCGGAGUCAGACUAAGUAGAUGUUCAGCACGUGUCGGCAGCUUCAACAUUCAUUUUUCUGGUAGUUUAUUAGACGGACUUUUUGAUGUAAUCUCGAACGUUUUUAACCACGACAUCAAAACCUUGCUGGAAAACGCCAUAUGUGACUUUGUGAGGAAAGGGAUGAACGAUAUAACCGCGAACAUAAGGAACAUUAAAACCUCGUUUCCGAUUGAGAUCAUAGGCAUUCCGUUGGCGCUUGACAACUCCUUAACUCAAGUCACGGUCAACAGUAAUACCAUUUUUACGUACCAUAAGGCAGCCGUGCGCUGGAAUGGACUUGCAUUCUACUCAGCUGAUACGGCUGUAUUCCCAUCUACACGUCCAUUACAUUCUAUUGCUUUUGAUCUCAAGGAAGAUGUUUUUAACAACCUUUUACGAGCAUAUGUUAAGAGUGGCCAUCUCGGUGCAAGUUUUAAUUACCAAAGGGUUGUUCAAAAUGGUUGGGACGAAUUUCGCCUCUCAUGUAAGAAAGGUUUCUGCAUCGGUAAUAUUGUUCAUCAGGUCGCCAAAGAGUACCCAGACAGAGUAUUAGGCUUGCAGCUGAAGGUGCACUCAGCUAACUUGAACAUCCAGAAUGGUCAAAUCACGGGCGAGCUGACAGGCCGAGUAAACUGCAGCGCUGACAGUUCUAAAGAAAGUUUACCGUUAUUUUCUGCUAAAGUGGAACUUGUUGUUGCUUUUGAACUGAAGUUUUCUGCAGGUGAACUGUCAGCUAGAUCGGUAGCUUUAGGGGGGCAUGUAACUAUUGACAGAUCAAACAUUGGAAAGGUUCUGACACCAUCAGUUCUAGCCGCCGUCAAUCAUUUCUUUUUACCCGGAAUUCAACAAGACAUAUUGGAUAUUAUAAAUGAUUUCAAGACCAGUUACAAGUUCGAAUUGCCUAAAAAUGUGUUUGUCAAGGAAAGUGCAUUGAGCUUGUAUGAGGGCGUUGUUCGAGUUGAGGCUGACCUGUGUUAUAAAACAACUUCUUGCCGGUCCACACCAAACGAUGAAUGGGUUGGAAACAAUGAUAUUCCAAAGUUCAUCGUCGAUGACUUAAUAUCGGCCACAACGGUGACAACGACGGCACUUUCAUCUGACGUUAGCGGUCACGUCAGUAGUCAGGCGUCAUUCGUAUCUUCAGCUGCGAACGUCUUUGGCUUUUUAGCAAUAUUUAUUGCAGUCAUUGUGUAGACAGUUGUAACAUUAUAUAACAUAUCAACCAAUUUUAUUGCACUUAUAACAAUAAAGUGUAUUACAGUAAUUCUGUAAAAAGUUGCAAACUGUUUCCUUCUUUUGCAACUGAGAUUGUAUAAACGCUUGUUACACACUUUACUUCUAAAAAAGUUUAUAAUACUAAGAGUGUAAACAAUCUUUACGCUUUUUACUUCUUCGACAAGUUUUAUUGCAGUAAUUUUUAAACAGUUGUUACUCUCUUUUUUUAUAAUUUCUAUUGCAGUUAUUGUGUAAAAAGAUGUUACACUCAUUACUCGUUUGGCAAGUUUGUAUAUUAUCGUUAUGCCCUUUACUUCUUUUGCAAUUUUGUAUAUUGUUGUUACGAUCUUUACUUCUUUGGCAAUUUUGUAUAUUAUCUUUACGCUCUUUACUUCUUUUGCAAUAUUGUAUAUUGUUGUUACGAUCUUUACAUCUUUGGCAAUUUUGUAUAUUGCUGUAACACUCUACUUCUUCGGAUUUUUUUUAUGUAUAUUGUUGUUACAUUCUUUAAUUCAUCGACAAUUUUUGCAGCAGGUAUUUUGUAAAUUGAUGUUACACUAUUAUUAAAUUAAAUCCAUGGUAUAAAUAAAAGAAUUGUAUAACCAGUUUUUGCACUAUACUUUUUUGGUAUUUUUUUGCAUUUAAAUUAUAUACGGUUGUUAUUGUAUUGACUUUUUUUAUUGCAGUAUAUAGUGCGUUUUAAUCGGCCUGGCGGGGCGGGCGGGGCGGGACGGGGCUUUGCGACGGGCCACUGCAUUAUUGUGCAGGAUGUGUAGUAUAAUCGGCAACCUGAUUUCUUAUUCAGCGGUCAUCUUCCUUACAUUGUAACCAAUAUAGCGUUGAAUUUUAGUCAUCUGUUUGCUCUACCUAUUUUGAUCGUUUUUGUUUUAGAUUACCAUUAUUUGCAUAAGUCAGAGAUUAACUCCGCCUCGCCAGAUCAAAUAAAAUGCACUAUAUAUAUGGAUAAAGAAGUUUGAUGUCGUUUAGUUUUGAAAUUGAGUACAUAUAAACUGGUAUUUACAGGGAAUGCAGAAAAUUGUUGUUGCGUUCUUACUGUUUGAUUCAGAAAAUAAUCUCGUUUCACUGUUUUACAGGGAUUGAUGCAUUUGAGAUGAUAACUUACCGAUGUAGGGUUCCAAAAAUGACCUCGUUUCACUUUUGUACCGGGGUUUAUAACUUACUCAUGUAGGAUUCUGAAAAUGACCUCGUUUCAUUGUUGUACAAAUGUAGAUGCUUUUGAAAUGAUCAAUUACUUGUGUAGAAUUCCGACAAUGACCUAUUUUCAUAGUUGUACAGGUACUGUUACUUUAAGAUAUUAAUCAAGUUACUAACAUGUUAUUCAGUAAUUACCUCCUUUCACUGUUGUAUACAGAUGUUGCUUUUGACAAAGUAAUAUAUUAAUGUGUAAUUCGGAAAAUAAUCUCAUUUUAAUCAUUUACCUAGCUCUGUCAAUUAUAUUAAGUACAUAUGUUUUGAAAUAUUACAUUUUCCCCUUUCAUGUUUUUUGCCGGUACUUGAGUUUUAAUUAUUGUUGGCUAAAGCUUCGUCCCAUUCAUAAGACUGACCCUCAUAUAUUUCUGCGGAGAGACAACAAACUAAGUAAUGGAUUUUUUUUAUCAACCACUUAGUUUUAGCGUACUCCGACAUGAAAAAUCUCCUGAUCCUCCAAAGAAAUAUUGGGUUCACCACGUGACUAGCUUUUGACCAAUGAAAACGUUAGUCUACAUGUAUUUUGGGAGGUGAAACAUAUGAGCGAUGACAAUAUGGUCUAAAGUUAAAAAAUGUGAUGAAUAGUUUAUCCUGCAUCUGCCAACAAGACAACAAUUUCAUUGGCUACAUGGGGUGCCGAAAAUGCAGUGUGCAUUUUAGCAUGGAUAGCUAUGUUAUGCCGCAACCAAGCAAUACAUAUAGUUAUCAUAUUUUCAUAAAACUAAAACAUGUUUAGAAAACGUUGUUGAGUUUGUACUUCUAUUCCACAUUGUAGUUGUAAAUGAAUAACCAUAUUUAUUAAUA